AUGAGCAAAAUACGCUCCAACCCGAACUACUCGAAACAGAACACGUUGAGGCUGAAAUUGCUGCAAUUGGAGGAAAACGAUCUCCCGUCGACAAGCCCUCCACCAACGCCCAUUGCAAAAACGCCGACUCCGAUCUUUCGCAAGGGCCCAAAUGACGCUCGAAUCUAUCAACCCGAGGGUCAUCCACGGCAAUGUGUCAUCGAUGGAGAGAUUUGGCCACCAAUCUUCACUCCUGACAAUGUUCGCUCCGCAAAAGCGAUGCAUCCACGCGAGGACGAUGUCUUCAUUUGCACGUACCCGAAGUGCGGAACCACCUGGCUUCAGCAUAUCGUUCAUCAACUCGUUCGCCAAGAGAAAUACGAGACUGGCGCUGGGAAAGAGAUGUGCGUUCAAUCACCGAUGAUCGAGCGUAUGGGCGCCACCUUCUCAGACUCGAUUCAAACCCCCAGAAUUCUCAAGACUCAUUUCGCGAUGAUGAAUGUCCCAAAGAGCUCCAAAGCCAAGUACAUCUACUGCGUGCGAAAUCCGAAAGAUUGCCUCGUUAGCUACUACCAUCACAAUCGAAACUUCAAGAUCUACAACUGGGCCGACGGGACUUUCGACGCAUUUUUCGAGCUUUUCAUCUCCGGACAAUUGGCUUUUGGAGACUAUUUUGAUCACCUUUUAGGCUGGUUACCCUGUUUGGAAAGCCCGAAUGUCUUGUUCUUGACCUACGAGGAGAUGUAUGAGGAUUUGACGACAGCUGUGCAGAGAAUCGGGACUUUCCUCGGCGGACACGCAGCUCAAUUGGUGCAAGAUAUCGAGAAACUUCAACAAGUCGUCGAUGCCUCGAAGCUCGACUCGAUGAAACAAGAUCAAGGGAGAUGGUUCCCAGAGAGUAUUUUGCACAAGACGGAGUUCAUUCGAAAAGGCGGCAGCCGAGAUUGGAAGAAUUAUUUGACGAAAGAGCAAAGUGAUCGCUUGGAUACCGUCUACAGGACGAGAUGUGCUGGGACAUCGGCCGAGAACUGGUGGAGACGGGAAUUGGCCUGGGAUGAUGAGAUGACGAUUCCCGAGCUCGAGACGGAAGAUUUUGAUUCGGAUGCCUCGUCAGGUGUCUCCUCGAUGCUCGACGAUGUCGAUGAAGAGUUGUCGAUCUCAAGAAGAAACUCCGUCGUCGUCCGUCCAAAUCGACACGCUCUUCGUUUGAAUCUCAUCGAGAAAGUGCAAGGGAUUUCCCUGAAUACCCUGACUGUCCCUUCACCCAUUCUCCCGUCACCCCUUCCUCGUCCACAAUCCCCUCUUUCCCCUCAUUCGCUCAUGCAUCAGCGUUUUCUGAAACGCGCCGGCUCUUGUAACUCGUUGUCGACCGGGUACGGUAGUGUUUGG